AUUAUUUUGCAGAAUGUCGGUGAUUGCGCACCGUACGCGUAUUUGAACACAUCGUCAGGUCAACGUAAAACAAUUGCGCCAUGUGGAGCGGUUGCAAAUUCUAUGUUCAAUGAUACAUUCGAAGUGAUUCGAGAACCAAACAAAACUUCCGUGCCAUGGACAUAUAAGGGUAUCGUUUGGCCGGUCGACAAGGAGCGUAAGUUCAAAAACCCUGAAGGAGCGACCCUUAAAGAAGCAUUCGCGAACACCGUCAAGCCACCAAAUUGGCAGAAAGAGGUGUGGCAGUUGGAUCCAUCAGAUCCGGAUAACAACGGCUUUUUGAAUUCGGACUUCAUUGUGUGGAUGCGAACCGCAGCACUGCCAAACUUUCGUAAACUGUAUCGGAUUCUGAUAAGGGACGCUACGGUCUCACAAGGUUUCUACAGUGGUGGUUUGCCAGCUGGUAAUUAUACCCUUCGAAUCCAUAGC